UGAGCGCUGUGAAGAGGAAACAUGGCCGCGGAGAGGCUGCAGUUUCAUGAAAUGGGCUUGGACGACCGUCUUUUAAAGGCGGUUGCAGAUCUGGGUUGGUUCCAGCCCACUCUGAUUCAAGAGAAAGCCAUCCCUCUAGCUCUGGAGGGGAAGGAUGUUUUGGCUCGAGCCCGGACUGGAUCUGGGAAGACUGCAGCGUAUGCUGUCCCCGUUAUACAGCGCAUCCUGAUCUCCAAACAGAGCGUUCGUGAGCAGGACGUCAGAGCUCUGAUCCUGGUACCGACCAAAGAGUUGGGUCAGCAGGUCCAGACCAUGAUUAGACAGUUGACGUCUUUCUGCUCGAGGGACGUCCGAGUCGCUGACAUCUCUGGCAAAGCUGAUCUGUCAACGCAGAGGCCCAUCCUAAUGGAGAAGCCUGAUGUGGUCGUCGGGACGCCGUCCCGUGUGCUCGCCCACCUCAACGCCCAGAACCUGGUCCUGCAUUCCUCGCUGGAGAUGCUGGUGGUGGACGAGGCCGACCUGCUCUUCUCUUUUGGCUUUGAGGCUGACCUGAAGAACCUUUUGUGCCAUUUACCAAAGAUCUACCAGUCUUUCCUGAUGUCGGCUACUCUCUCCGAGGAUGUCCAGGCUUUGAAGGAGCUGCUGCUGCACAACCCUGUGGUCCUGAAGCUGCAAGGUUCUCAGCUCCCCGACAGCAGCCAGCUGCAGCAGUAUAGCAUCAAAUGCGAGGAGGAGGACAAGUUCCUGCUGAUCUACACGCUGCUGAAGCUACAGCUGGUUCGGGGAAAGACGCUGGUGUUUGUGGGAGCUGUGGACCGAUGCUACAGGCUCAAACUGUUCCUGGAACAGUUCAGUAUUCCCGCCUGCGUCCUCAACUCCGAGCUGCCCGUCCAGUCCAGGUGUCACAUCAUCACCCAGUUUAACCAGGGAUUUUAUGACUACAUCAUCGCCACAGAUGAACAGAGUCUGGCCGACCCCACUGCUGCUGUACAGACGACAUCAGGCAAAGAGAAAAAGAAGAAGAACACAGAGAAAGGAGGAAAGGCUAAAGAUAAGGAGUACGGAGUCUCCAGAGGUGUGGACUUUCAAAACGUCUCCAACGUCGUCAACUUUGAUUUCCCUACAACUGUGGAAUCGUACAUUCAUCGAGUUGGAAGAACAGCGAGAGCAGACAACCCCGGCACUGCUCUGUCCUUCAUCUCCCACACAGAGCUGGAUUUGCUGACGGAGGUGGAGGAGGCUCUCACAGGAGAUAAUGCAGAGUCUGUCCUCAAACCUUACGAGUUUAAGAUGGAAGAGAUCGAAGGCUUCAGGUACAGGUGCAGGGACGCGAUGCGUUCGGUGACGAAGCAGGCAGUGAGGGAGGCCCGACUAAAGGAGAUCAAACAGGAGCUGCUUAACUCAGAGAAACUGAAGACGUAUUUCGAUGACAACCCCAGAGAUCUGCAGCUGCUCCGACACGACAAAGACCUUCAUCCAGCUGUGGUCAAACCUCACCUGAAGAACAUUCCUGAAUAUCUGGUUCCUGAGACACUGAGAGGCGUGGUGCAUCCACUGUCGAGCAGGAGGAAGAAGAGGAGGGAGAAGUCUAAACCAGGAGGAGUCAGCAAGACCAGCUUCAAGAAGAACAUCAGAGGGAAGAACCCGUUAAAGAGUUUCCGUUACACCGGAAGCAGAGACAGAAAAAGCAAAGCAGGCAAGUCGUAGCUGCUGGAGGAACCUGAAUCAGUCCUGGAUGUUCCACCUGUUCAGAUGUUCACUUGGUUCGGUCUCCACUGUUGGAGCAGGUGAGACAAAUACAGACUGUGUGGAGCUGAUGAAGCUGAAAGGACCACAGACAAAAUGGACUUUAAAUGUGGACUGAAGAAAUUGCAUAUGCAGAAAUGAAAAACCUAAUGUUAUGGUAGGAGUACAGUGUAUGUGUUAUCUCAUUUCUCAAACAUCUGUUGUACUAAAUUGAAAAUGUUUAUUAAAAUAAAGUUUUUUUUUCAACACUGA